AUGGAUAUUGGCGCUCGUGGGAACGAGCUCAUCGCUGGCGCUGCGAAUCGAGGUAGGGAUUACGGCCGGCGCGACCAGCGAUCGCAAGCUGGAAUUCGAGGCCGGAGGACGGGAAUUGCUGCUAGAAAGAUGAGAUUGCGGCUUCUGAUGGAACAGAUGCACGAUUCUCCUCCGAGGAAGGACGGAUUUUCAUCUUCCAGCACCGGCAUUGGAUUGGGAUCUCUCGAUUUGCUGCGCGGUUGCUUUCUUCGCCAGUUGGCAGCUCUAGCCACAUCUAUAUUUCUGGUUUUCACAACGAUCCCGAGCUUUCGAAGAGGGCCAAGAAGAUUUCCAGAGCUCGUUCAUCCGCAUUUGGCUUCCAUUAGAACACAGGUGCCGCGAGAAAAAAAUCUGGAAGAUUCUCAUCGCUCACACAGGCAUGCGGAGGAUAGAUUCUCGAGGAAGAUCGAAUUUCGAAACUCCAAGAACAAACUUUUCGGCGCAAGCCUGGUGGACAUGACAAUCCAAAGAGCUCCCGAGGAUGGAUCCGUGCUACAAGUCCCAAAUCCUCGAAGCUGGAAUUGCUGGGUAUCGGAUCAAGCUCACGUCCUCAGUCGCUCCACCGUCGAGCAUCUCAACUCGGUUAUCGAUGCGUUGAAGUUCGACACUGGUGCUGAAGUUACGGUAGUGACGAUCAAGAGCACCAACUUACCAGCCGAAGAGUUUACUUCCUGUCUUUAUAAAAGAUGGAAGAUCGAAGAUGAGUCUCAGGGAAGGGGUCUAUUGUUCUUGCUGGUUACUUCGGAGGGGAGGCUAGAAGUAGAACUUGGCUGGAACAUAUCGAAACUUCUCAAAGGGGAUGUUACAGUCGCGGGGAGUGUAUGGGAUCCAGAGAAAACUGGAUGGCUGAGAUCAGUUGUGAGGAACAAAGUUUUGUCGGAACUCAAGCGAGGGAAGUAUGACAAGGGCGUAGUUUUUGCGGUGGAGGAAGUGGCAGAGAAAGUCUGGGAAAGUGCUGGAUUUGGAGCUUCAAGCUUAGCAAGUGGAAAAUGGUGGAAAGUUGUGGAUCUAGCCUGCUUGAGUGUGAUCCCUGUCCUCGCGUUGUUUGUGAGGCUCACAAGCAUUGCUGGUGCUCCAAAAAAUCAACAGGAUUGCCAUCCGAGAACAACUAGCCGAUUCUUCAGGAACUUGGAGAUUUAAACUCGUCGGCAAUGAGGUGAUGAGUUAUUCAUUCGAAGUAAGCAAACUUUACGCAUUGACAACUUUGAGUCCAAGCUCACAGGCAUUCCUGACAGUAUGAACAACUAGCCGAAUUUCCAGGAACUUGGAGAUCUAAAAGUGUCGACAAUGAGGAUCAGGUGGAAUAAGCAAACUCUACUCGAAAUUCUUUCGAGAAGCGCACUGACAACUGAGUCUAAGCUCACAGGCAGCAAGCUUUAUCGCAAUUCUUUCGAAGGAACUUUCAGAAGUUAUAGGAACAGAGCUGACAAAUUCGCCGUCCCGGGUCAAUCGUUCCAUCGAUUGAGUAAAUUCGUCAACAAAGAAACGAUAGAUACUCAUGCUUUGAGCUCGCCA